GUGAGGGGGGCGGGGCUUAGUGGACCGAGAGAGGAGCUCACCUGGGUGUGGCCUGGACUGUUUUUACCGCAGGUGCAGUUUCAGUUGAGACAUUUCAGGUGGAGACCAGAGAAGAGAGACAGGUUGUUUUCCCAGAGCAGCACCCGGAGGAUCCAGCAGUCAUGUCCUCCAAACCCAAUGGGAGUCCUCCUCCCUACGACAGGGAUGGAUAUACCGUGGCGUCCCAGCCGGCCUACUCCUACUACCCUGAUGACGAGUUCCAGCAUUUCUACCGCUGGGCGUCUCCGCCGGGCAUCCUCAAAAUCAUGUCCAUCAUCGUCAUCGUGAUGUGCGUGGCCAUAUUCGCUUGCGUUGCCUCCACGCUGGCUUGGGACACUCAGGGAGGCCUGGGGGGCUUCGGAGGCGGCUACGGCGGCGGUGGCUACGGAACAGGAAGUUACGGAGGAGGUUACGGAGGAGGAAGUUACGGAGGAGCAGGAGGCUUUGGCGGUGCGUACGGAGCUGGAAACCAAUACGGCUACGGUGGCCUCGGAGGGAACUACAACGACCCCCGAAAGGGCAAAGGGUUCAUCAUCGCCAUGGCGGCCAUCACCUUCAUCGCCGCCCUUGCCAUCUUCAUCAUCAUCGUGUCUCACCAGAGCCUGUCGGAGAGCAGGAAGUUCUACCUGGCAGUCAUUAUCAUCUGCGCCAUCCUAGCGUUGCUCAUGCUUAUAGCCGCCAUAGUGUACUUGGUAGCCGUGAACCCGAUGGCUCAGUCUGGGUCGGCCUACGGCAGCCAGAUCGCCGGUCUGUGUGCUCAGUACCAAAAUCCCCAGCAGGCAGGAGUGUUCGUCAACCAGUACCUGUACCACUACUGCGUCGUGGAGCCACAAGAGGCCAUCGCGGUGGUGUUCGGCUUCCUGGUCGCCCUCGCUCUCAUCAUCAUGCUCGUCUUCGCUCUGAAGACACGCCAGAAAAUCCAAAGCUUCGGGAAGAGCAACAUCCUGUGGAAGAAGGUGAAGGUUGUCGAUGAGAUGGAGCCACCUCAAGACGUGGAGGCAUGGGUGAACAAUGUGUCCGCUGGUCCUGACAUUCCCCCGAUGUCGGACUACCCCGACAAGCUGAGAGGCUCCAGGAGUCACCUGGACGACGAGAGCACCAACUAUGACAAACCCCCCUACAGCUACUCCCCUCAGCCUCCAGUGGAAGAAGACCAGCCUUUGCAGAACGGCGUUCCCUACACCACUAACUCGGAGGUGGUCAGCUCGUCUGGAAGGCCCAAAAAGAGACGUGCCGGCCGGCCGCGUCGCGCCGACGGAGAGGGCUACGACACCGACUACAACUCCUCAGGGGACGAGCUGGACGACGACGACUUUGACAGUGAAUUUCCUCCGAUAGCAAACGAGCCGGAGCGCAACGACUACAAGCGCGAGUUUGACCGCGACCACCAGGAGUACAAAGACCUGCAGUCGGGUCUGGACGCCCUCAACAAGAGCCUGUCGGAGGUGGACCGAGAGCUGGACGAGCUGCAGGAGGGCAGCCCACAGUACCUGGAUGCUCUGGAUGAGUACAACAGGAUAAAGAACAUUAAAAAGUCUCCAGACUACCAGAUGAAGAAGCGCCGGUGUAAAUAUCUGAAGGCCAAACUGAACCACAUCAAGAAGAGGGUCAGCGAUUACGACCGCAGGGCCUGAACAGAUCUAUGAGGAUGUUAACGCCGCCUGUCCGAGACGGGACAGAAAGGACUAAAUCUGUUUUUUAAGGGGAAAUGUUGGAGGCUUUUCUGACAACGUCGGACUGUAGAGGACGAAGAUACGCUGAUCCGACACCGACAGUCUGACCUGGGAGCUGGUGAAACAUUGCAAAAGGUUAUUUUAUACUUCUGAGGCACAGAAAACAAAGAUUCUCUCUUGUAUUAUGCCGUUGUUUUGUAUUAUGAGUAUCGCCUGCCAUAGAUACUGUUUAUAUGUAUUUAUUUUAUCUGAAAUAGUCUCUUUGAGGAGUUAAGAUUGUGGAGUGAAAAACAAAUUAAGACAAUAAUCCCCGUUCGUUUUUAAAAGCUCUUUUUAUAAUGACUCAACAUGAAAUGCUCAUUUUUUAAUUCUCAUUUUUAAUUCUCAUUUUGAAUCCUUUCUCAGCGAUAUAAACAUGUAAAUAUGUGGGAUGUUUUUUAGCAGUGUGUUUAUAGAUGGUAGAACAGACAGACACUUUUCAAAAGCAUGUUUAAUGCGUAAUGAUGUACUUUUACAAUGAGUUGUGAUUCCUUUUUAAUUACAAUAAAUUCAUUUAUUGAACAA